AUGUGCCCGCGCAACAGACUAAAGAGUAUCAAGGCCGUCAUAUUCGACAUGGAUGGCACAUUGUGUCUCCCACAGCCAUGGAUGUUCCCUGCAAUGCGCCAGGCCGUAGGCCUGCACGACAGCUCCAUCGACAUACUCACGUUCAUCGACAGGCUCUCGACGCCUCUCGAGCGCGCCGAGGCCCACCGUCGCAUCCAGCAGGUCGAAGCGCAAGCAAUGGCUGAGAUGCAACCGCAACCGGGUCUCGUGACCUUGAUGCGAUUCCUCACAAAGCAUGGUAUCAGCAAGAGCAUCUGCACGCGCAACCUGCAGGAGCCGGUCGACUUCCUCAUCGACCGCUUCCUCCCCGCUGAAUACAGCCAUUUCGAUUACAUCCUUACACGUGAGUUCAAACCCACUAAGCCCAGUGCCGACCCGCUGUUGCACAUCGCACGCUCUCUUGGGAUCGAACCCGCGCACAUCGCCAUGGUCGGCGACUCUCGAGACGACCUUCUCAGUGGCCGCGCCGCGGGCUGCACGACGGUGCUCGUCCACCACGCUUCGAACGCGUCGCUGCUCGCUUCCGACGAGGACGCACAGAUGAUCGACUUUGUUGUCCGCGACCUCGCCGAGCUCGUUACCCUGCUCUCCGUCUGA